UCGACGACUCGAAGUAGGCUCGAGGGACGAAUCAACGCGGACUGCGGAGUCAAGGAGGGCCACUGAGGAGGGCAGCAGUUAACUCAACCGAACCGAAAACAUCUGUGGCGAUUCCAAAAAACUGACGAUAUUCCCAUGUUUAUCGCUGUCAAAGUUCCAUGCGCAUUUCGAUCAGCGUAAUACUGUACUUUUUCACAUAAAUAUCAAGGGAAUAGUCAGAAUUUCUCACAUAGUCAAACAAAUAGCUGAUCAAAAUAUCUCCAACGAUGAGCUUCCUGUUCGGAAGCCGAUCUUCGAAAACUUUCAAGCCAAAGAAGAAUAUCCCUGAAGGGACGCAUCAGUAUGAUUUAAUGAAACAUGCAGCGGCGACACUUGGCUCAGGAAAUUUACGUUUGGCAGUGAUGUUACCUGAGGGUGAAGAUCUCAAUGAAUGGGUUGCCGUCAAUACGGUCGACUUUUUCAACCAAAUAAAUAUGUUGUAUGGAACAAUUACGGAGUUUUGUACAGAGGAGAGCUGCCCGAUUAUGUCAGCUGGUCCGAAGUACGAGUAUCAUUGGGCCGAUGGUCAUACUGUCAAGAAACCAAUCAAGUGCUCCGCACCCAAAUAUAUCGAUUACCUAAUGACGUGGGUGCAGGAUCAAUUGGAUGACGAGACUCUGUUUCCAUCAAAAAUUGGAGUGCCGUUUCCAAAAAAUUUCCUCUCAAUUGCCAAGACCAUAUUAAAGCGCUUGUUCAGAGUCUACGCACAUAUUUAUCACCAGCACUUCAGUGAGGUCGUUCAACUGGGAGAAGAGGCACAUCUUAACACAUCGUUUAAGCAUUUUAUUUUUUUCGUUCAGGAAUUCAACCUAAUAGACAGACGAGAAUUAGCCCCAUUACAAGAGCUAAUUGAAAAACUGACUGCAAAGGAUGCUCGAUGAACACCCUCUACUCUGAUCAUCGUCUGUGAAGCCUCUCCAAAGAAUCUCAUCAAUGCUAUCUCUGUUAACUAUCUAUCAUAUAAUAAUUAUUUAAUAUUAUUUAAAUAAUCGUAUCGAAUCAUAUUGCAAAGGAAGUCUUAUGCUGAGUCAAAAGCCGUCUAUACGGCUACUCUUCUUCAUUAUAUUGCAGUUUAAACUGUGAUUAAAGCUUUGUCAAUAACAGUAAUUAGUUUUGUGCACAGUUCACAAAACAAUUUUUCCGUUUGACCUAGUGGGUGAACUUAGUAUCAUGCGAAAGCAUUUGGCGGAAAACAAUAAAAUUCACUCAUAAUAAUUGAACCCCAAAUGAUGUGCUUCGAACAGAUAAGUCAAUAGGUGAAAUUUCAAGACAAAAUUGAAAUCUGUGAAUACCUAUAAAAAUUAUUGUUAAAUAGAUGAAUUAUUUUCAACGUUACGCUGCUUAGAAUUAUAUGAAUUUUUUUUUUUUUUUAUAUUUAUUUAAUUUUUAAUUUUUUUUUUUUUUUUUUUUUUUUUUCUUGGCUGUUGUAAGACAUCUGUGCAAGUUUCUUUAUCAUACUACUAUUUGCAAAUUUUUCUUCUAUUCUUAGUCGUUGACUUCGGUUAAAUAAUGAAAACAGUAUGAUGAAAUUUCCUAGCAUGUAAUGUUUAUUGCUGUAGAAGGUAGGCUGUAGACAAAAGGGUGAUAAUUUGUACGUCAAUCAAUUUCCAUAAGUUAAAAUAAUUUUAACUUCAUUGCAAAUAUUGGUCGUCAUAAAAUUUCAGAAUACUGCUUGAGUCAAUCUCGUAUGUAUCAAAAGAAUAUUAUGCAAUCCUUUCGUUUAUUGUGUCGGGAGAAAAAAAUUUCAAAAAUGCCUUGGAACAGGUGCAAGUAAUAUUAUCCGUUUACGUCUAACAACAUUAGAUAUUUGUUACGUAGUCUAUUAUCAAUGGUACGGUGAAAGUAUACGGCAGAGAAAUAACACUGAAUGUGAAACAUAUUGCACCGUGUUGAUUAUAUAAGGGUAUUAACGUAAUUUAUAUUAAUAGUUUUUGUAUUAAACACUUACAAAACGAUCGAUCUAUAGAAAUACUAAUCUUUUUAAGAAAAAUACGAAAUGAAAAAAUUAAUAAAUUCCGAAACUAUACACAAGAAGAACUGUACUCAGAAGUAGAGUACAAGUGGAUCAGAACCAGAAUGUUUACGACACUUUGAUCACGUAGUUAGUACUUUUUACCGUUUUAAAUCAAAAUGGUUUUACUUCAAUCCGGACAAGGUGUAAAAUAAAUAACAUAAAUGAUCCAGAGCUGGUGUAUGAACAUCCAGGAAAAAUAAUAACGAGUACUGCAUACACAAGUUGAAUGUUAUGCAAAGAUAACUUUUUUUUUUCUUUACUUUCUUUCAAAUUCUAUUUACACUAUAUGUGUUUGAUACCGUUUAUCUUAGUAAAAUAUUGAAUUAAGAAUUUUAGGAAAGAUAGUCGUAAAAAUAGACGAGAUAAAAAAAAAAAUUAUCUAUUUAAGUUUUCAUCUAUUUUGACGAUUAAUCUUCAUUGAAGAGCUUUUAAGGAGAAUUGUUAUGUUUCCGACAUACAAUGAGAACCAAACGUUGUAAUCGCUGAGUAAGUCGACUCUGACGAUGAUAUCGUUAACGAUCUAAUAUAUAAACAGCAUGUGUAUUAUUAAUAACUAACGUAUAAUCAACGUCCAGGACUCAUUCCGCUUACCCUAAUUUUUGCUCUCCCUCUAUUGGGAAUUUCUGUAUAUAUAUGCGACAAACUAAUUAACUGUCUGUAUAGAAACCACGACAAAACGAAGAAAA